AUGCCUUGUUUCAAGCAGCCUAAGCACUUCCAGAGUCUGGUACUUCUGCACUGGCCCCGAGCUACCUUGUCAUAUGUGAAUGCUGAUCCAAGAGAGCAUGGCAAGAAGCCAGAGUCAGAGGCCACGACCAGAUCUGGGGUGAUUUUUCUGCGCGUCGCAAUUUGGAUCUUGCAGCCACUGUCCUUUAUUUACCUGCUGUUUACAUCCUGCUGGCCACCAGCAGCCCUUUACUUCGCCUGGUUUUUCCUGGACUGGAAGACCCCAGAGCAAGGUGGCAGGCGAUCAGCCUGUGUAAGGAGAUAGUGUGCCUGGACCCACGUCAAGGACUAUUUUCCCAUUUCUAUCCUGAACGCUAAAGACCUGUCACCUGAGCACAACUAUCUCAUGGGCCACCCCCAUGGCCUCUUGACAUUUGGUGCUUUCUGCAACUCCUGCACUGAGGCCACAGGCUUCUAUCUUCCAGGCAUCGCUCCUCAUCUGGCCACGCUGUCCUGGUUCUUGAAGAUCACCUUUGUUAGGGACUACCUCACGGCCAAAGGUGUGUGCUCCACGAGUCAGCCAGCCAUCAACUACCUGCUAAGCCAUGGCGCUGGCAACCUCGUGGGCAUUGUAGUGGGAGGGGUGGGAGAGGCCCUGCAGAGUGUGCCCAGCACCACCACCCUCAUUCUCCAGAAGCGCAAGGGCUCUGUGCGCACAGCCCCCCAAGAAUGGGUAAGGUUUUCCUACAGGGCUCAUCUGGUCUCCACCUCCACUUCCGGUGAAACGGAGGUGUACAAUCAGGUGCUGUUCCAUAAGGACAGCUAUAGGUACAAGUUUCAGAGCUGCUUCCGCUGGAUCACUGGUUUCUAUCUUUGUAUCUUCUGUGGUAAGGCUUCCACCAAGCUCCUGCCAUCCCCGCUGCCUAUCAUCACUGUGCGCGGAGAGGCUCUGCCUCUGCCCAAAAUUGAAAAACCAAGCCAGGAGAUGGUGGACAAAUAGCACACCCUCUAUACGGAGGCCCUGAACACCAAUCAGCGUAAGACCCAGUACAGCUGCUCAGAGACCCAAAAGCUGUUUUUCCUGUGA